UCCUUUGAAGCAUGAGUUCCCACCAGCAGAAGCAGCCCUGCACUGCACCCCCCCAGCUUCAGCAGCAGCAGGUGAAACAACCCUGCCAACCUCCACCCCAGGAACCAUGUAUCCCCCAAACCAAGGAGCCGUGCCACCCCAAGGUUCCUGAGCCAUGUCACACCAAGGUUCCUGAGCCAUGUCACACCAAGGUUCCAGAGCCAUGUCACACCAAGGUUCCUGAGCCAUGUCACACCAAGGUCCCGGAGCCAUGUCACACCAAGGUCCCGGAGCCAUGUCACACCAAGGUUCCGGAGCCAUGUCACACCAAGGUUCCGGAGCCAUGUCACACCAAGGUUCCAGAGCCCUGCCACACCAAGGUUCCAGAGCCCUGCCACACCAAGGUUCAAGAGCCAUGUCACACCAAGGUUCCAGAGCCAUGUCACACCAAGGUUCCUGAGCCAUGUCACACCAAGGUUGCGGAGCCAUGUCCUUCAACGGUCAUUCCAGCACCAGUUCAGCAGACCAAGCAGAAGUAA